AUGGCGGAGGACCUGGACGAGCUCUUGGAUGAGGUCGAGUCCAAGUUUUGCAGACCAGACCCACUGAGACUGGGUAUGGUCGAACGGCCCAGAGGCGGAGGCGGUGGCAGUGGCAUCCUCAGCAACGACCGGAACCGAGCCGAGGCGAAAGAGAAUCCCAGAUCAACAGAAACAUUUAAAAAAGAACAUGAUCUUGACAGUCUUAUUAACGAAAUAUUUGAAGAGCCCAACUUUGACAAAAAACACUUUAAAUUAAAAUCUAAAUCUUCAGGUAACACAUCUGUGAGAGCUUCCAUUCAAGGCCUUGGUAAGAGCUGCAGCCCAGUUUACGUUGGUGGAAGCGCUGUUCCAUGUGGGAUUGGGACAAACACUUCACAGAGAGCGUGUGACCAUCUGCGUUGUAUAGCCUGUGAUUUCUGGGUAGUAAGCUACGAUGACUAUGGGUGGGACAAAUCAUGUGAUUACCUGUUUUUCAGGAACAAUAUGCCAGAAUUCCACAAAUUAAAAACAAAGUUGGUAAAGAAGAAAGGAAAACGGGCAUACGCCUGCCAGUGCAGCUGGAGAACUAUUGAAGAACUGACUGACCUUCAGACGGAUCAUCACCUUCGCUGGGUUUGCGGUAAACACUAA